GACUUCUGGAUUCGCAAGCACUGACUUUGGAUCCAUGUAAACGCUUAAUAGUUUGCUGGCUGGGCACUUCUACAGAGCUUGGCUGCAUUGUUCAGGGCUCCCUACAUCAUUGUGUAGGUGCUGUUUUGCUUUGACCUUGCACCAUAGCCCACGAGUUGUUCUACUCACCCAGAUGAAUGAAGACCCCAUUUGGGAAGAGAUCCAGUCAGAGGUUAUCGAUUGAUGCAGCAGGUCUUCCUGGUGCAUCUGGUAAUAUGAUGAAGAAGAAAGGCAGUCACAGAAAACACCGUAACAAUGUGGGACCAAGCAAACCUGUGUCUCAUUCACGGCGCAAUAUUGUGGGCUGCAGGAUUGAGCAUGGCUGGAAAGAGCAAAAUGGAGUAACGCAAUGGAAAGGCACCGUUUUGGAUCAAGUUCCAGUAAAUCCUGCCCUCUACCUCAUCAAAUAUGAUGGGUUUGACUGUGUAUAUGGGCUGGAACUUCACAAAGAUGACAGAGUUUUAGGAUUUCGAGUUCUUCCAGAUAGAGUUGCCUUCUCUCGAAUCAAUGAUGCAGAUCUCGCGGAAAUGAUGAUUGGAAAAGCAGUGGAGCACAUGUUUGAAAAGGAUGACGGGGCUAAGGAUGAGUGGCGGGGAAUGGUCCUUGCACGUGCUCCAAUUAUGAACACGUGGUUUUAUAUCACCUACGAAAAGGAUCCUGUGUUGUACAUGUACCAGCUUCUAGAAGACUACAGAGAAGGAGAUCUACGCAUUAUGCCUGACUCGAACAAUGAAUCGCCUCCAACAGAGAGGGAGCCAGGAGAAGUAGUGGACAGCUUAGUUGGUAAACAAGUGGAAUACGCCAAAGAAGACGGCUCAAAGAGGACUGGCAUGGUCAUCCAUCAAGUAGAAGCAAAACCAUCAGUGUAUUUUAUCAAGUUCGAUGAUGAUUUUCACAUUUAUGUCUAUGAUUUGGUAAAAACCUCUUAGACGUGCUGUAUUAACAGUAGGAAGGCCAUAUUGGCCAACAGAUGGACUAUUUCCACACAUGGACCUUUACAUAUUAGGCUUCUGAAGCCCAAUAAACUAUUGUGAUCUCAGUCUCUGCCAUAGACACUACAACAUGAGCUUGAAUCAGCCAAAUGGUUCUAAAAAAUGUUACCAUAUAUAAUGGUUUGAAUGCAAGACAAUUACUUGCGGGGGAAGAGGUGGUGGGGUCAAAAAAACAGUAUUUACUAAUACAAGAGCAAGGUUUCCAGAAUCUUAUCACUCAUUGGUAGCAAUGAUGCUUCAAGAUAAUAAACCUAAAUUAGGAUAAGGAAGUAAAGUGAGAAAACACAGCAGCUGAAAACAAGUUUUAAUUGAAAUUGGCGCAUGCAGAUUGUAUAUAAAGAUUUUCUGGAUAUUAAAAAAACUGCGGAGGGAAAGGUGAGACACUAUUUAAUCUACAAUGUGCUUUCAUGUCAAGCCUUACGUUUCAACAACUGUUCUAUGUUUCUUUUUGUGGAGGGUGUCACAGUCCCUACCCCAAAACUGAAAGCAAAUAUGUUCUUUAUUUAAAACAAUGCAUUUUCAAAUGUACUAAAAUUUAAUGACAUUGUAGAGGAUAUGCAGUUGAACAAACUAACUGAUCAUUUUUUUGUUGUCGAUGAAUUUGUUUAGAUUUGUUCUUAAACACACAGUCUUUUAAUCUUCCGUUGAAAUUCACAUCUUAACGCAAGCAAAUUUUAAUGCCACAAGUACUCUGAGAGAAAAGGAAGUAAAAGAGGAGGAAUAAAUCGUGAAAUUCUAGAAAAUCUUGAUGCUAUAUCAUUGUAAUGUGAAUGGUAAUGGUGCCCUGAAUAUUCAGGAUCUUUAGGAUUCUAGUAUCAUAACAGCCUAUUCCUUGGGGAUAAGUAAGUAAAUUGACCCACUAAAUCUUCUGCAAAUUAUAAUUGCUGAGCUAUUUCUGUUCCCCUUUUGCUGUAGAUGGCUUUUGUAUCAUACAAUUUAUCCACUGUGAGUUAGUCUGAGAUAAAGGGAUAUAGAAAAUCCAUUAAAAUAAUGUUUUGUUCAGUGAAAGGUAAACAUAUUCAGCUAGGUCCAUGUGUUCCACCUGAACGUAAUCUGCUAUUUGUUUAAAAGAGAAACAACUUAAUGGUAUUGGGUGCUAAUUUGGAUGGGUAGCUAAAUAUUGACCAAAUUAAAAUUUGUUUUUAUGAUAAACUGUAUAAAAAUAGCAUACAACACAGUAAGAUGCCAAAAGAAAAUUUGGUAACACUAAAGAAGGUUGAUCAUUUCAUGAUUCACCCUGCCCCCUAAACUCUCUGGAGGGGGAAGCGGUUUAACAGAGUCUGUUUGGCAUGUCCCCACCAUAGAAGGACCUGGAUUAAGAACCUGGUACUGAGUAAGCCUGGUACGUGGCUUUGGACUUGGACCUUAAGAGCAUCAAGAUGACUGGCAAAUCACGAGCUGUCCUAUAAAGGUCCUUCCACCAUGCUGAAAGCAGACGUACGUCAGAUAGCUGAUGAGGAAACUCUGAGGUUUUGGGGCAACCGCUGCUGGAAAGUGUUACCUGGAAUCUGAGUCUGUGAACACACUUCGUAUAUCCAACACAAUCCUCUCAAACUGUAGAGUAUGAUGCCCUGGAGAGUAUCUGAUCACUGCGGCUAUAAUUCAAACAAUGGUUAAAAAAAAGGUACAAAAAAUGGUAUAAAUGGCACUCCACUGGACUACCUAAAGGAGUAGGAUGUGGGUUGUGCCUGUGAUUUAUUAAACAUUCCUUGUACUUAUGGGGAGGUGUUAGUGGAGACCAGACAUUUCCUCACUGAGGAGGAAAAUCAGAUAUCGCACAGGUCAAAGUCAUUCUUUGGGGAGCAGCCUUAGUGUACUUAUGCUGGGGGCCUGGGAGCACAAUGGAUUUGUGCCCUCACAGGUGAGCAAGGAAUGCGGCUCAGAAAGAUUUGACUGAAAGAGAAGCGGGAGGGGAUGAAUAAUUGCUACCAAUGUUAUUUUUAUUGUUAAAUUCACAAAAUAAUUUGAGCUUCACCUUACUCUAAAACUGACCUGACCCUUGAAUGGAUUAUGCAGCCUUAUAAAUUGGAAGCAAUCUCUUGUGUAUUUACACCAACAUUUGUAAUUCUACACACGUUGGUGUUCAUUACUCUUCUGGUAACUUGACUUGGCCUUAUUCUUUUCCUUAUCUACGUGCUCCCUCUGGGCGAUGUCAUCCACAGACAC